AUUUGACUUUGCAUAUCUCGAAGACAACUUCAUGUUUAAUUGUCUACCAUAAUCAAUUGGGUACAAGCCUUCAUCAAAGAGUGUAUAAAGUGAGAACAAAAAAUCAAAGCAAGAGAAUAGAGGAGCCAGAAAAAUAUAGGAAAAUAAUACUCUUUUCCUUCAACAACCCAAAAUAAAUCUUCAACAUUUUCAAUCUCCAUAAUCUUUGAACAAACUCAUAUUUCACUAUAUUUCAGCAAAUUACAAAAAAAAAAAAAAAAGGGAAAGAAGAAUAAAGAAAGUGAAAAACACAACUGCCGAUAAAAACGUCACCACCUCUUUCUCCCACCGCGCUGCCACAACACUACCAGACCACCGUCGCACACCACCACCGCCACACGCCGCCUCCAUUUCAUCGUCGGUUCCCUCUCUCUCUCUCUCUAGCAACAAUAAAAUUGCCCCUUUCUCUCUUCCUCUUCAUCAUCAUCAUCAUCAUCAUCAUCGCUCACCCUAUCCAUCAAAUUUGAUUUUCUUUCUUCCCUAAAACUUCCAACAAUCGAGCAAAAAGGAUUCACAUCUUCAAUCUCAAUUCUCAAAUAAGCAAAAUCAAAGUGUCAACCUCAAAUCCUCAAUCUUGAGAUUGAAAAUCUAAGGUAAAGUAGUGUUUUUGAAGAGAUAUCAUUUUAUCAACUGAGAAUACAACAAUUUUGUAGUUUCAAAUGGCACUCGUUGUAAUCUGUGGUCAACCAUGCAGUGGAAAAUCCAAAGCUGCGUUAUGUCUAGCGGAAGCUCUCAAACAAUCAUCGGAAUUGAAAUAUCAAGUGAGAAUCAUAGAUGAAGCUUCUUUUCAUCUUGAUCGUAAUCAAAGUUACGCGAAUAUGCCAUCAGAGAAGAAUUUAAGAGGGGUUCUUAGGUCAGAAGUUGACAGGUCUCUGUCAAAAGAUACUGUUAUCAUCGUUGAUUCUUUGAAUAACAUUAAGGGUUAUCGAUAUGAGCUAUGGUGUUUGGCUCGUGCUGCGGGGAUUAGAUACUGUGUUUUUUACUGUGAUGUUGAAGAUGACGAUUGUAGAAAAUGGAAUCAAGAGCGUAGGGAGAAAGGUGAGGACAACUAUGAUGAUGUAAUAUUUGAAGAUUUGGUAAGGAGGUUUGAGAAACCGGAGAGAAGAAACCGAUGGGAUUCACCUUUGUUUGAGUUGAAAUCAGCAUCGUCUUCUUUGUCUGAUUCUGCCUCCAUUGUACAUGAUGCUGUCUCCUACAUAACCAAAAAACUGGACUCCAAAACCCGCGAUGUGAAGAUAUUGCAACCAUCAAUUGCAACUCAAACAAAACGUUUUUCGGAUGCAAAUUCUCUCCAUGAGUUAGACAAAGCAACACAAGAGGUUACUAAUGCUAUCGCAGAAGCUCAAUCUCGUGAUCUUGGUAUGCUACCAGCUAAUGGCAUUUCUAUAGGGAAAGAUUUUCCUCCAAUCAAUCUUUCAAGAUCAGUUGGGUUGCCAGAGCUUCGCAGGUUGCGACGUACAUUCAUGAAAUUAACAGGUCAAACAAGUUUGAGCGGGAAACCUCCUCCUUCUGAUUCAGAUAGUGCUAAAAGAAUGUUUAUUGAUUACUUGAACAGGGAACUUGGAACUUCAUGAAGAAAAGUAUGUUGCAGUAAUUUUAUCAUUGAAUUUAUAUGUGUGCUUGAUUAAUUAAAUACAGAGAUGUUUUAGAUAUUUACUUAGAGCAUUGUUGUUGAAUAAACUGUUUAUCCCCUCUAGUUUUUAUUGUAAUAUCAAUUGAUUGCUUCUCUCCGAUCCAAGCUAAGGUUAUUUAUGUGAAUAUCUAGUCAACAGAGAUGUUGAGCUAGGAUUUAGUA